UCUUGGUAUUCAAAUUCUAGGGUUUUAAAGCCUCUUCACUGGGUUUAUGGUUUUCGCAGUCUCUCUUUCUGAGAAGGAAAAUGGCGUUCUGGGGAAUUGAAGUAAAGCCGGGAAAACCUUUUACUCACAAAUUUGAUGACUCAAAAGGUCGGCUUCAUGUUUCUAUGGCCUCAUUGGGGUUGGGUAAGGCAACUACGAAAAGUGUUCUUCAGUGUAACGUGGGAAACAAAAGUCCUGUUUUUCUAUGCUCUUUGUGUCCUGAGAAGGCUGAGUCACUGCAACUGAAUUUGGAAUUUGAGGAGGUUGAUGAAGUUAUCUUCUCUGUUCUUGGUCCUCGGAGCAUUCACCUCUCUGGGUACUACCUCGGUGGUGGUGGUGGUCGGUAUCACACUCUAAACGAAGAAUCAGAAUCAUAUGGUGAAGAUAUUGCUGACACAGAUAGCCAUAGAUCCGAUUGUAGUGAUGAAGAGUACGAUGAUAGUUUCAUUGAUGAUGAAGAGCCAUUAGUGUUCCCACGUUCCCCUGUUUCCAGUGGAGAGGAGAGUUUGGAAAAUAAGAAAGCUAAGAAUAGAAAGGGCAAUCGUAGGCGAAGACUUAGGAAGAAGUACCAACUAAGUGAUUCUAGUGAUGAGGGAUGUUACCAGCGAAAAAGUACUGCAAAUCGUAACUCCGCAAUUCUAGGAUUAACUAGCGAAGAUGAAGACUCUGUCCCCAUUUCCUCUUGUUUGAAGGCAAAGAAAGGUAUACAGGAUGGAGAAGAAAAUGCUGACACGAGAAUUGAUGAAGGUGGUCUGCCAAUGAGGAAGGCUGAUCUGCCUGUUGAAAAGCUUCAGACUUCUGACACGGGCCAUAAAGAUGGUGGAACACCAAAGAAGAAGCGAAAAGAUCGGUCAACAGAGGGUAAAUCUUAUGAAAGUGACGGAGUUAAAGAAGACAACACCCAGCAAGUUGUGGCAAAAGUUGAUAGUAACGGCCUCAAUUUAAUGGCAGAAGAUGGAGAAAAGCAUAAGAUGUUGAAUGAUAGUGAUCUCGCCCAUGAAAAUGAUGAAAGACCAAAGAAGAAGAGAAAGAAAGAACUGAAGCAUCAGAAGAAAAAUGUUGAGGUUGACAAUAUGAGUGAUGCCAAAGAGAAUAAAGACCAACUGGAUGGGGCAAAAGAUGCAAGCAUUGUCAAAGAUCUGUCCUUGAGCAGUGAACAAAACCAUAAGUUAGCCAAUGAUCAAAACAAAUCUGAGGAAAAGAAAGUUAAAAAGAAGAAGAAAAAGAGCAAAGCACAAGAGAACGGAGAGACUGUCAAUACAGACACACCUCCACUACCAGCUGAAGAAAAGAACACUUCUUCCAUAGAUGUGGAGUCCAAGAAGCCUGAUGUGAAUGCGGCUCAGGUUCGAACCUUGCAAUAUGGUGUAGUCAUCGAAGAGCUAGAACCGGGAAAACCCAAUGGCAAGGUUGCUACUUCAGGGAAAAAGAUCAGUGUCCGUUAUGUUGGCAAGUUGGAUGGAGAAGUGGUUGACUCAAAUAUUGACUCUGAUCCCUACAAGUUUCGCUUAGGUGCAGGAAUAGUUUUAGAGGGUUGGGAUGUUGGUCUUGAAGGUAUGCGAGUUGGUGAAAGACGAAGGCUCACUCUCCCACCAUCAAUGGGUUAUGGGAGCGAAGGAGAUGGCAAAAAAGUACCACCGAACUCGUGGCUGGUAUACGAAGUUGAACUGCUCAAAGUACGUUGACUAACUCAGGAUUUUAUAUUGUUGGUAGUUCUUGGCUUUGGAAGUUUGGAUAUAUAGUUUCCGGAUGUUCAGGUAAUGACCUCAAUUUUUGUCUUGGUGAGAUGGCUUUUGUUAUUGUGUUGCGAAGUUUGCAUCUCUAAGAAAUUUUGGAAAGAAAAAACUGUACGGCCAAUCUAAGCCAGUUGUUUUGCUUAAACUAACUAUUUUAGGCACUUUUGUGUUUUUAACUUGAGAACAAAAGUCCAUAGAAAGAUAAAAUUAGAAAAAACUUGAGAACGAUAAAAGCGCUGAAAGCACGAAAACAUCUAUUGGC